AUGAAUGUCCACUACAAUCUUGGUAAGGCUAAUGUUGUAGUUGAUGGUUUGACUAGGAUGAACAUGGGAAGUACAACCAACAUUAAGGAUGAGAAGAAGGAGUUGGUGAAAGAUAUACGCAUACUGCAUGUGGAUGAGGUAGCCUAUGAGUUGGCUUUGCCUGCGGGGCUAGCUUCUUCUCAUCCUGUCUUUCAUGUUUCUAUGUUAAAGAAGUGCCUAGGUGAUCCAGCAUCGAUUCUACCUGGUGAAGGUUUGGAGGUCGAAGAAGACUUGUCCUAUGAGGAAGUAUUUGUUGAGAUUUCAGACAAACACAUCAAGAGGCUAAGGAAAAAGGAGGUCGCCACAGUAAAGUUAUUGUGGAGGAAUCAUCUUGUUGAAGGCGCUACGUGGGAGGCCAAGGCUGAUAUGAGAUCCCGCUACCCUCAUCUUUUCAGAUCUUGA